UUGACGUCGGCCACCAGGCAAAAGAAUAACCCAAAAAGAAGAGAGAGAGAGAGAGAGAGAGAGAGAAACAAAGGAAAGGAAAAGAGUGAGAAAAAGCUAACGGAUUGCUCUGCAACUGUUGAAAAGCAAAAUGGGAAAAGGCAAAGAAAAAUGACUGACUUACUUACAGAUUACAGUCAUAGAAACAGACGCACCUCCCCCUCUCUCUCUCUCACCGCAACCUACAGAGGAAGAUACCCACUUUCCCAUCUCCACUUCUUUCCCUUUCUUUCCCUCUCCUGCUUGCUUUGGGUAGGAUUCUCUUCUCCAAUUUCUUCUUUCCCUUUUUUCCCCAGCGAAACAAAGCUACCCACUUUUCCUUAUCUCCUCUUCUGGGCAAACCUCUUUUCUUUUCUUCGCUUCUUCUACUUGCUCUCCCAUUUGCUUGCUUGUGGGAUUUGUGUUCUCCUUGCGUCUGUCCCUCUCUCUGUGUCUGUUUCAACUUUCCAAGAGGCUAUUAUCCAUCCAAUCCAGGUUCCGUGAAUCUUAGUCCUCAAGCUUCUCAGCCCACCACUUUUCCCAACCAAAAAAAAGACUGCCCAAUCCCAUUCUCCUUCUAUUCGCAAUUGACUGCUUCUGAUUCGCUACCUUCUGCAUUUCCCUCUCAAGAUUGGAGGCUGUGGUUAUGGUUGACGGUGGUGGAGGAAGAGAUAAUUGAGGCUUUUUAAGGAUCAAUGGGAGCGCAUAGAUCUGGUGGACGGUGCUUCAGUAGCUGGGAGAUCUAUGCUCUGCCCCUUUUGGGCUUUGCUUUGAUCUGGGCUGCUCAAGUUUCAGUUGGAAGUACUGAUGCUAAUGAUGUUGCUGCAAUUAAUAGCUUAUACGCUUCACUGGGGAAUCCUAUUUUACCUGGCUGGGUUGCCAGCGCCGGCGACCCUUGUGGUGAAGCGUGGCAAGGUGUUCAGUGUAAUGACUCAACGAUAAUAUCCAUAACUCUCAAUGCAGCUAAUUUGGGUGGAGGACUGGGUAAUGGUUUGGGAAUGUUCACUUCUAUCCGAUCCAUAGAUCUAAGCAAUAACCGCAUUGGCGGGAGCAUUCCAGCCACAUUGCCGCCUACUUUGCGAACACUUUUCCUAUCGGCUAAUAAUUUGACGGGGAGCAUUCCAGAUUCUCUGCCCUCUCUACCUCUCUUGACAGAUAUGUCUCUGAACGACAAUUUCUUAAGUGGAGAGAUACCCGAUUCCUUUCAACCCCAAGCAGGAUUGAUUAAUCUAGACAUAUCCAACAACAAUUUGAGUGGGAAUCUGCCUCCUUCCUUUUCUAACUUGCUUCAGCUUACUACAUUGCAUUUGCAGGAUAAUCAGUUAUCUGGUACCGUUGAUGUUCUCCAGGACCUCCCACUUCAAGAUCUGAACAUUGAGAAUAACCUGUUCUCAGGACCCAUACCUGACAAGAUGCUUAAUAUUCCUACAUUCAAUAAAGAUGGAAACCCAUUCAACGCUACAACUGGUGCCCCAUUGCCAGCACCCUUCUACCCGGAAACACCACCACCAACAAGACCAUUUCCUUCUGGGUCUCCACCGUCGUCAAUACCACCACCUCCGGGAAAAACUCGUGGAGAAAAGGCAGAGGGGCCAUCUUCACAAGAGAAAUCAAGUGGAAAGAAAUCUAGCAAAAAAAUGGUAGUUGGGUUCUCAAUUGCUGGGGGAUUGGCAUUUCUAAUUGUGAUGAUGGUAUGCCUUAUUUGCAUGCCGAAGCAUCGUAGAAGAACAGAAGACGGUACUGGAAAUUUCAAACGGCAUCAAGUUGGUGCAGACAAAGGCAACAGAGAACAUCCCAGAGACAGUAAUAGUUCUUUGUUCCUGCCAACUAGUCAACCACAAAUAGAAAAAGAUCCAAAGGAGACAAUGGCACAGGCAAAGAAAGACCAUCUGGUGCCACAAAAAUCACCUGAAAGAAGCCUUCCCACAGUGGCAGCAGCAGCAGCACCCAAACGGAAUGAUCAUAAAAUUGAUUUGAGCAGGCUAGACUCGAUGGAUAUGAUGUAUAUGCCGCCGCCUCCACCACCACCACCUCCUCCUCCUCCACCACCACCUGCUCCUGUUGAGAAGGUCAUUGUGAACCCACUUGUGCCUGCUGAACCAAGUGCUGCUGCAAAACCUUCCACCAAAACUAGGGAUGUCACCACUUCUGCAAGGAGUUUCACCAUUGCUUCUCUCCAGCAAUAUACAAACAGCUUUUCGCAAGAAAAUCUCAUUGGUGGCGGAAUGCUGGGAACUGUUUAUAGGGCAGAGCGUCCUAAUGGAAAGCUUCUGGCAGUCAAGAAACUGGACAAGAGAGCUUCGAGUCAGCGUGAUGAUGAGUUUCUUGAACUGGUCAACAAUAUUGAUCGAAUCCGACAUGCUCACAUUGUUGAGCUUAUGGGCUACUGUGCAGAGCAUGACCAGAGGCUUCUGAUAUAUGAGUACUGUAGUAAUGGCAGCCUGCAGGAUUUACUGCACUCGGACGAUGAGUUAAAGGAUAAUCUCUCCUGGAACACCCGCAUUAGGAUGGCACUAGGAGCUGCUAGAGCACUCGAAUACUUGCAUGAGGUCUGCCAGCCACCUGUUGUUCACAGAAAUUUCAAGUCGGCCAAUAUUCUCCUAGAUGAUGAUCUUGAUGUCCGUGUAUCGGAUUGUGGUUUAGCUUCAUUAAUAUCAUCUGGUUCUGUAAGACAGUUGUCAGGGCAGCUGCUAACAGCAUAUGGCUAUGGGGCACCAGAAUUUGAGUCUGGAAUUUACACUAUCCAGAGUGAUGUCUACAGCUUUGGUGUUGUAAUGUUGGAGCUUUUGACAGGCCGAAAAUCCUAUGACCGGUCACGGAACCGUGGUGAGCAGUUUCUAGUGAGGUGGGCAAUCCCUCAGCUCCAUGACAUCGAUGCAUUAUCCAGGAUGGUUGACCCUUCUCUUAACGGGCAAUACCCUGCUAAGUCACUCUCAAACUUUGCUGAUAUAAUUUCUCGAUGUGUUCAGUCUGAGCCUGAAUUCAGGCCACAGAUGUCUGAGGUUGUUCAGGAUCUAAACAACAUGAUCAGAAGAGAGCACCCCAGCCGCGAAUCCAUAGGAGACUGAAUCCGGAUGACCCCAGCCAGAUUAACAUCAGGACUUGUAAUGCAAAUUCUUGAACCCCCUCCAAUGAGCAAAAUGAUGCGGAGAUAUGAACCAUCAAGUUUUGAAGUUUCUUGACUCUCUCCUUUCCCCGAGUACAUAUCUUAGUCUGUGGAAACAAAUGCACUGCCGAAAUUCCACAACUAACAGGCCUCUUGUGCUUGAAGGGCUUUGCUCAGAUUGCUGAAAUUCUUGCCCUUUGGAAGAAGAACAAACCAGACAGAAUCUUUCUUCCAAAGGCAAUAACAGAAAGCUAGGUGUCUGGUGAUCUGGAUGGACAAAACAAAAAAAGACUUGCCCCCUCCCACAACCAAAUUCAUGGUUGUCAAUUAUUUUUUUGUACGUGUUGUGGUUGCGCUGGAAAAAAAGUAUUUGUUAUGCUAGAAUGAAUGUAUGUGAUCUGCAGAAAUGUCCUAACCCCCCAUCAUUAUUAUUCUUUCUUUUCUGCUUCCUUUGGUUGUUGUAUUGUCAAAUUUGUUGCCAGUUCUUGAUAAUGAAAUGUUGGCUGAAUUGGUCGAAAGCUGUUACAUAGCAUGAUUAUUGGAUUCUCCAAGUUCAUUUUUAUGUUGUAUUCUGUCUUCAUCUAGGCCCUAAUUAAUAUUUAAGUUUAACAAGAGAUGUUGUAAUUGAGCUUU